AUGAGCAACAUCCCCAAGAGAAAUUCCAUUGCAAUGAUCUUCUGCAUUUUGGCAGUCAUGGCAUCAGUCGACAGCAUGGUGAUGCAACACCAUCGACAGAAACUUCCACAAACUACAUCGGACAUUGAUCGAAGAUCUCUCCUAAAAGGUGUCCUCAGCACCUCGAGCAUGAUUAUCGCUACAACGGGGGCUCCAUUCGUUGCAUCCGCGAAAUGUACGGAUAUCGAGUCAUGUCGAGAGAUUGGAGACUCCCGUGUGGCACAAGACUUGAAAGAGAAUCCGGUGACAAGUCUCGAUUCUGGAGUUCGAUUCAAGACACUCAACUCGGGAGUUAGAGGCCCAGCAGUGAAGGAGGGGUCUUCCGUCGAUAUCAUCUACAGUAUUUCGCGUGCUGGAGGUCCGUACAUGUACAGUCAAGGGUUUGGAUUCGAAAAAGUUGAUAUUGGCAAUGGACAAAUAGUGAAGGAUCUAGAUGUUGAUUUCCUGAGAGUGGACAAAGUUGGAUCCCACCAAGAUGUUCCUGUGGGAAUAGAGCAAGCGAUGAUAGGGAUGCAAAGAGGAGAAAAGCGACGGGUAGAACUCCCACCUAAUGUUGGUCUUGCGACCUCCAAUUGGAACCCAGCUCCAAAAUCUAAAGCUGGAAAGCAAUCCAUUGUGGCUUACCAACGAAUUGUGGAUGGCUUUGGAUCUCAACCUGCAUUCCCAGCACCGCUCGUAUGGGAAGUAGAAGUGCUUCGAGUAAGAUGA